UGAUGAGCGCUUAGUUGAGAGGAGGUCCUCAGCGCCCGGCUCUUGAUGCGUGCGUAAAACUUUCUAAUGAAAUCAAAAAACACUUUUUGACCAACUUAGAAUUCGUUCUACUAAGGCCAAGAGGGCCUGAUACAUUCACCGACGUUUUCCUUUAAGAGAAAACUUCAGAAUCAUGGACCCCAAAUCUACCGAGGGAGGGGCUGAAGAGGAGCUCCUUGGAAACUUGUCACCAAAUCCAUCUGCUGAGGUGGCACAGAAGCAUGGGGUAGGGUACGAGCUGGAGGAGGAGCAGGAUGACCUGGCAGAGCACCAGCCUCUGGAACAGGAGGACCUGAACUUUGAGAAAUGGAAGCGAAGGCCCGUCCCCCAGCGAACACUCCAUGAGAAAAUAGACGACGUGAAGACCUAUCUAUGGAACGCAGAGACCAGGGAGUUCAUGGGUCGCUCCGGAAAGAGCUGGAGCCUUAUCCUCUUAUUCUAUUCAGCACUGUAUCUGUUCCUGGCGGCCAUGUUUGGUGGCUGUAUGUGCUGCCUCAUGUGGUCUAUCAGUCCUUACCAUCCUACCCACAAUGACAGGGUGAUGCCACCAGGUAUGACGAUGUCCCCAUAUCUCGAGGGCUUUGAUAUCAUCUUUAACGCCUCUGAUCGGAAAUCCUGGAAGAAGUAUGCUAAAUCCAUGGAAGAAUACCUCAAACCGUACAACGACGGUGUGCAGGAGAGGAAGAAUAUCCAGUGUUCACAUGACAACGCGUACUUCCACCAGGACGACCUGGAAGAGGCUGCGGAGAGGAAGUCGUGUCAGUUCAAGAGGUCCUGGUUGGAGCAGUGCUCAGGUCUCCAGGACCCUCACUUUGGCUUUGCCCAGGGAAAGCCCUGCGUCCUCCUUCGAAUGAAUAGGAUUCUUGGGUAUUUACCUGGUCAAGGCACACCUAUAGCUGUGACUUGUGGUGUCAGGAAAGGGCCUCCUGAUUCCCUUGGAGAAAUUCAGUUCUUCCCCAAAAACAUAUUUGAUCUGACGUACUAUCCCUACUAUGGAAAACUAAGACAUGUGAACUACUCAGCUCCAGUGGUGGCAGUGCGUUUCGCGGGGGUGCAGUUUGACACCCACAUUCAAGUACAGUGUACACUGAAUGGCAAGGGAAUCAUCAACGAUUCACAGACCGACCGCUACCUUGGCAGAGUGACUUUCUCAUUAGACGUGGGUGCGUAGGGAAACCACUGAUGCUCCCAUGACAAAAUGAGACAGGAAAAUAUAUGAAAACUCUCAUUCUGUUACACCAUUAUGUUGCUUAUAUACCCUUGUGCCUUCUGAUGAAACAAAAUAUUGACUACAUCAUGUUCAAAAAGUAUACACAUACUCAUACACGUACAUUCACACCUACACACCUCACCUCACAGACAGUGCUGAGCACAAGAUGCAGUAAGUAGUGAAACUGAAUAUUACCAUUGCAUACCUGACAUUUAGCCUGAUUAAUAGCCCUAGGGUCACUAGACAGAAGACACAGUUCAAAGUUUUGUACACUGCCCAAACUUUAGCCAUAGCUAUGCAAUUAUUGAUUUGAAAGCUAAUAGCCUAUUGAACAGUAAGAAAUACCAACUGUUACAAUAUGGAUA